CAGAUUUUGAUGAUUCUCUUAAUCUUUGGAAGGCUCCAUCCAGUCAAAGCCGAUCUUCACAUUCUCAGUCAACGUCCGAAACUAUGAUUGGGUCUGCAUCACCAUCACUGGGGAGUGUUCCUGAGCUUCAGGCAACAGUCCCAAAGAAUUCAGCGUGUUUUAUUCCUGCAACUGUAGUUGAUCGGCUUACAGCACAAGGACAAAGUGAUACAACCACAACAGAAUCUCCAAGUCAACAUGAUUCUCCCAUGUCUGCUACUCUGUCUAAACAGCGUGCUGUAGUCACACCUGCCCUUUUGUCAGCUGUUUGCAGCCUUCUGCACAAUCUGUUGGUUGUCACACCACAAGAUACUGGAAUUGCUCUUCAAGAAGCACAUUUGCUAACAGCUCUCAGCAGUCUUGUAAGUGCUAAUCUGGUUGAGAGAUGUAUCUUGGAACUGAAAACUCCAUUGGGUCAUCCAUGUCAUAUAGAACAUGUAAAAGCUCAGGUGUUAUUACUACUUCAAUACUUGUCAUCUGUGUCCCGACUUCUGAAAUCAUGUUUAUUGGUGGACUCUCAGCUUGUAAUCCAGGAUGAACUGUUGAAACCUCUGUUGGGAAAUACCUUCACAAUUCUUGCCAUUCGCUCCAAAGAUGGGUUAGAUACCGAAUUAACAUCUGUAUUUCAUGAAACACGGGUAGACUUUUUCAACCUUCUAGCUACAUUAUUGUGGAAGAGUGGCCAAAUAUCUUUUCCAUCUGUGACAGCAGCCUUUGCAAAUCAUUGUACAGCAAUAAUUGAUACCAUUUGUGAUUGUAUUCAUCUGUCAACCACAUAUCCUGCUUUAUAUAUGGCUAGUUUACAGUUCCUCUCUGUCCUUUUGAAUGAGGAAGGAAGAAGACAGCUCCAAGAUAAACAGAGUAUAUGUCAGAAUCCAACUAUUAGCUUUCUUCUGGAUCACAUUGAAGGAUGCCAGGCAUCAGUAACUCAACUUACCGCAUUAACUAUUCAGGUCUGUGAAAGAAAAUCUUCAAAGGAUGUGCUGAAAGAAGCUGCUACAAAUUUAUUGCUGUCUCUGUUAGCUGUCAGUAAAAAUGCCCAGAAAUGUGCUUUGGAAGGUGAGCAUUUAAAAAUGUAUGUUAAAUGAUUUAUGAAUCAAAUGCUUGC